AUGGCAAUUAAGUUAGUCAUUGGAGGGUUCUCUUUGAUCUUCAUUAGUGCUUACGCGCCGCAAGUGGGAUUAGACGAGGAGGAAAAGAGGCACUUUUGGGAGGACUUGGACAAAGUUGUGAAAAGUAUACCGCCUUCUAAGAAGUUAUUCGUAAGAGGAGAUUUCAAUGGGCACAUUGGGUCUAUUUCGAGGGGUUAUGACAAUGUGCAUGGGGGGUUUGGCUUCGGGGACAGGAACGGAGGAGGAGUCUCACUCCUGGAUUUCGCAAAGGCCUUUAGAUUGGUGAUAACAAACUCGAGUUUUUUGAAGAAGGAGGAGCACUUGGUAACCUUCUGUAGCUCGGUGGCUGUGACGCAGAUUGACUUUUUGCUCCUUAGAAAAGAUGAUAAAGGUCUCUGUAAGGACUGUAAGGUAAUUUCGAGUGAGAAUCUUUCAACCCAGCAUAAGUUAUUAGUGAUGGAUUUGGAGAUAAAGAGGGUAAAGAAGGUGAGGGUCGUGGAUGACCGACCGAGGAUUAGGUGGGGGAGUUUGACGUUGUCUAGUGCCCUAUAA